CCCCCCAAUGGAUACUUCAUCCGAUUCCGAUGCCGGAAGCGGUGCAGCACCGCCAGCAAGAAGAUUGUUCGGCCGAGAAAGGCCGAUACACAAUGUUCUUGGCGGAGGGGAAGUGGCAAACGUAUUGCUGUGGAGAGACAUACGAGUCUCGGCUGCAAUACUGAUGGGGAUUGCAGCACUUUGGUUCCUUUUUGAAGUUGUCGAAUACAGUUUCAUCGCUUUCGCCUGUCACCUCUGCAUAACUACGAUGCUUCUCGUCUUCAUCUGGUCUUCUGCUUCCGAUUUCCUCCAUUGGGAUCCUCCAAAUAUUCCCAGCAUCAUCUUACAAGAUUCAACUAUCAGGGAUUUCGUUUCGACAUUUCACAGAAAAACUAACCAAUUCUUGGAAAUCUUUCUGUUUGUUGCAACUGGAAAUGAUCCAAAGCUAUUUUUCCUGAUUAUAGUUUCUCUUGGGAUAGUAUCUGUGAUAGCAAGUUCCAUUGGCAGUUUAAAUUUCCUGUUUUUCGGCAUUCUCUGCCUAGAAACUCUACCAUUCCUAUACGAAAUGUACGAAGAUGAAGUUGAUAAAUUCGGUGUUAAACUCAGCAGGAAGAUAAAGAAAUAUCUGCGGAAAUUUCCCAAAGAUAAAAUUAAUUAAAUACUAGCAUGCCAAA